CCCUUGCAGUGGGUGGGGUUACGGCUAGAAAACGCUCACGUAAGUGGCUGCUCCUUCCCGGAACUUCCUGUGUCUUGAGUUUGUGGAUGGCGUCAUUGGGAACCUGAGCAGCCGCGUGAGUUUUGCAAAGUUUGACAAUGGCCAAGAACAAAUUUAAAGGGCAGAAGUCCAGGAAUGUAUUUCAUAUAGCCAACCAAAAACCCUUCAAGACCAAAACCAAAGCAAAACCAGUUACUACUAAUCUUAAGAAGAUAAACAUUAUGAAUGAUGAAAAAGUCAACAGAAUGAAUACAGCUUUUGUAAAUAUACAGAAGGAACUUGCAAAUUUUUCAAAAAGCCUUUCUCUUAAAUCUAUGCAGAAAGAGCUGAAGCACCAUGAAAAUGAACCAGCUAAUGUUGAUGAAGCAACAAGACUAAUGGCUCAAUUGUAAUGCAGUGACAGUGUAUCCUACUCCUCCCAAAGAUCAAUAAAUUCAAUGUUUUAUACAA